AUGGCGCUCUCGGGCAGCGCCGGCGGGGCCGGGGCGCGCUCGCUGGGACCCGACCCGCUGCCCAGAGGGGCCGCCCGCCGGGGCCCACGGUGCUGCGAGCGCGGCGGCCGCAGCCCGCAUAGGAGCGGGAGCGGAGCCGAGAACGAGCCUCGGGACACGGCAGGCGAGCGCCCACAAGGACUCCAGCUCCACCCCGCCCCCAGCCGGGAGACGCCCCCGGAUAAAGCGGCAGCGGGCGGUUACCAAGCGACCGGCGGCGCUCUGGCAACCGCGUUACGGAGCCUUUGUCUCGCCCGGCCCAGGGCUGACGCCGAGAGUGACCGGCCCCCCCGCGCUCGCCCCCUGGCCCGGCAGCGCCCCUGCUCCGCCAGGCAGCGCCUCUGCGCCCGGCGCGGCCCCGCCUCCGCCCCGCCAGCCCUGCCGCCCACCGCCUGGGCAGUGCCGCCGCGCCCCGCUGAGCUGCUCGCUGCCUUUCCCCGCCCGGGGGCGGCCCGUGGCACAGGGCCCCGCGGGGACAGGGCGGGUGCCGAGGUGCAGCUUGGCGGGGAGCGGCGCUGGGCCGGAGCGGCGCCUCAGCGGCUCGGGCGGGCUCCGGCCGGGGGCGGGCGGGCGGCCGAAGCGAUUCUGGGGGAGCCGAGCACGGGGAACCGCGCAGCUCUCGCUGCCCUACCUGGGGCACCACUCACCGUGACAGACAGGCCCGCUCGCCAAUCAAGGCCCGCCCUUCUGCGCCUCCAGCCAAUGAGCGAGCGCUGCCCGGGGAAGCGCCCCGCCCACGGCCGCCCGCGGGCCGGGGUUUGUGCUGCUCCUGAGGCGGGGACGGGCCGGGCGGGGCAGAGCCCGGGGCAGCGGGGCUCGGGAAGGCGCUUGCGGAGGGGAAGAGCUCUCCUAACACGCUGGCUCGAGCUGUGGGCGCGUUCUUCUGCCACCCUCCUCUUUAGAAAGAAUUGUUCCAGAGCUAAUAUUCCUAAAUAUGAAUUUGUUUGGACCUGAUCCUGUGAACCUAAUCAGAAAUACCAUUCUCAGUACUGUUCCGUACAAGAUGCUUACAUGAAUGAGACUAUAGCUGUAACAGCACAUUAAAUAAAGGUUGUUGGUGGAAGGUAUUUACUUUUCAUGGAAAUCAAUGGGUUUAUUUUUCCUUAUAUAGGAAAGUCCUUUCUAUACGACUUUCACUUGUAUUUAACCCUUAAUUAAAUUUUUUUUUUUUACUUACAGGCAAUUGUCUAAGGCGUACCAUAGCCUUACCUGUAAGAAAAGGGGUAGUAAGGUAUUACUAGAACAUUUAUAUUACAGAAUGUAAUUACAUUAAUGUAUUACAGAACCAUAGUUUUUAUAACACCCUUUUUGACUUAAACUUUCACU